UUUUAUUGGAUCCAAGAAGACAAAGAGGACGGAAACCGGAAGCCCGAACAUCAGAAAGAGCACGGCCCGCAUCAAUAGUCGGAGAGAAUCAAGAGCCUGGUCCCUGUUACCUGGCUCCAUCUUCUACAACUUCGCAACAACAUGAGAAAAUUUCC